AUGGACGAGUCACAAUUCAACUCACUGUAGAAAACCAUAAUAAUCCCUCCAAGAAAACUAUUUUAAACCAUUUUACAAGAGUUCGAAACUCAGACCCCAAAUUUCUAGUAAUUCAUCAAUGAAACUCAAUCAAAUCCCUCCUUCAUCAAUGGUGAAUUGAUUCCAAUCUUCAUUAUCUAUGAAUCUGAAGUCGACCUUGUCCAUCAAUUCCAACUCAAAAAGGAUCAACAACUCUUACGAUCCUACCCAUCAUAUCAUCAAACCAAUCUCUAUGUGAAUAAUACCUAUACAGAAACGAAAAAAUAAACUUUAGAAGACAACAAAGUUAUACAUUGUAAAAUCCUGGAAAUCAAUGUUAAUGAAGAAUUCGUAGAUUAAGAUUUAGAGUUGCUCAUAAUUGGUACUUAUGAGCAGAAGUACUGCUAUAAUGGGAUCAAAACUAUUUUGAGAAAUGAAAUUCCUAAAGAAUAAUACAAACAAUUGUCGUAUUAGCACUCAAUCAUGGUCUAAGUACACAAUGCAUUCGAUUUGGAAUAUAAGUAUUUCGGAAAUACAGUUAAGAUGAAUAUUGCAUUUCAAAUUAAAUCGCAUAUCUAAUUGGAUAAUAUUGAAAUGGACUUUCUUUUGAGUGAAAGCCAAAUGAUCUGGAAGGAUGUUGGGAUCAAUAGAGUUGUACCUAAAUGCAUGUUACAGAAUAUAUCAAUUAACAAAUAAUACCUUAAUAAUGAGGAAGGAUUCAUAGAGGUUCUAUUAGAUUGGCCGGCUAUGUUAUAGAACGAAUAAUUGCAACCAGAUCUUCCAUCAAGAAGACUGAGCAUAGUAUAAGUCAACCCUGUAUUGGAAAUUAGAACACCUUUGUAUAUUAGAUGGGGAUAACAAAAGUACACUAAAUGCAACUAUUUGCUGUGGAAGAUUAAACCUAUUUAAACAAUUGGAGGAGAAAUCAAAGAAGUGGUCAGAUAUAAGGAUGCUUAAAACCAAGAGUAUUUAGCAUUAAAAAUAGUUCUUAUUAAUUAUUCAGGCAAGGAACAUGAGAUUAUAUUCUGUCCUCCUUCUUAAAUAUUCGGAAAGAAACUUAACCAGAAAAAAGAUCAGCCUUUGGUAGUUUUAGGUAUCACAUUGUCAACGGAGAAAAAUUUGGGAGUUUUGUAGCCGAAUUAAUUAUGUGAGACUAUCUUGAGGGUUCAAUUAAUUAAUAAUGGAAUUUUGAAUAUGCAACACAUAAAUCUUAAGAUAGACAACUAAUUAACUGAGUUGAGUUUGAAUUUUUUAUAUUCUCAUCAAUGA